UACAACCUUGGAAAGCCCAUCUCCACAGCUCAGUAACGACGGCCGACCCUCUAUCUCGCCUUCACUCCCGCGGCCCGCCAGCAUGAGGCCGUUUGCGUUGCUGGUCUUGGUCGCUUGUGUUGUCUUCUCCAGCGGAAUGGACUACAUGUGCAACCAAUGCAUGGAUUCCAUCUGCUUCCCUAUACCCCGGCGAGGUUGUCCUUAUGGCACAGUUAAGGAUUCCUGCGGAUGCUGCGACAUCUGUGGGCAGGGACCAGAUCGAUCAUGUGACGAAAUGGUAAAAUGCGGCUCUGGAUUAACCUGCGUGCGGCCGCGCUAUAAAUGGGGGUUUGGAGUCUGCAAGUACAAACGCUGGUGGUGACUGAAGACAGAGAUCCAUUUUGGUGUUCUGUAAGAGAUUAUAAAUUCGCUGUAUUUGAAUAACAUGCAUAUUCAUAUAAUGUAAUUUAUGUAUGUGUAAAUUGAAAAUGUAACAGUCAAAUGUCUUAUAAGUGAUAUAACAUAAUAAACAUGAAAAUUAUA